AUGUUCGCGCGCUCUGUGGACUAUCACAAUCCUUCAAUGAUUCUUCGAUUGAUAGAAGUAACGCAGGCGUACUCCUUCGACUCAAUCCACUCACAGGUGGAGCAUACUUGUCGAGAAGGGUUGAAAGCUAGUGGUGAUAUAUACCGAAAAGGCUGUGAUCUUCUUAAAGCUGAAUUUUUGAUGAAAGGUGCAAGAGUUGGGCAAAAGGAUAAGCGAGUGGCUGGUAGUUUCGAGAUAUUGGACGAGUAUCCGGAUACGAGUGAUUCUCUUGACGGGUCCCCGAGCAGAAAGUUCUAUUCUGCGGUGUUCAAAGAGCAUAAAGUCCUCUCCGAGCACGUUCCAGACAACAUUCAUGUCCAUGCGUUCGCGAACAGGUUGAAUGUUCUGCACGUUCUUAUAAUUGGACCUGUCGGAACUCCUUUUGACACCACUCCUUUCUUCUUUAAAUUCAAAUUACCCGCUGAUUAUCCACAAAAACCGCCUGAGGUAACGUACGUGGCAUACUCGCAAGAACAACUCAACCCGAACCUAUACCAAAAUGGAAAAGUGUGUACAAGCCUUCUGGGAACGUGGUCCGGCCAGGGUGUGGAAACGUGGAAUCCUACAAAGUCAAACAUUUUUCAAGUGUUACUUUCAAUUCAAGCAUUGAUAUUGGUACCAGAACCAUAUUUCAAUGAAGCUGGAUAUGAAUCGCGCAAGCAGCAGUCGGAAAUGUCUGAUCGCUCUCGACGCUACAACGAGAUGGCUACUAUUAAUUCCCUGGAAUACCUUCUCAAGGUGUACAUGGAGCCGCCAAAUGACUUCAAGGACCUAAUAAAAUCUUUUGUGGAGAAGUCUUGGAUAGCGUGA